AUGUCAUCUGCCAACACUAUUCUGAUCACCGGAGGGAAUACUGGUCUCGGCCUAGAAAUCGUCAGAGCCCUUAGCAAGGAAGCAGUCUCUUAUAACAUCAUCAUCGGUAGCCGCAAUCUGGAAAAAGGCAUUAAAGCCGUUACCCAAAUCCAAGAGGAGCUUCCGCAAUCACAGAGCAAGCUCAGCACGGUCCAGAUCGAUGUUCUCUCAGAUGAUUCCAUCCGAGGAGCAGUGGAAUACGUCGCCUCGACAUUCGGCAAACUAGAUGUUCUUAUCAACAACGCGGGUGCCAAUUUCGACCACGAUAUCCAAGGCGGCAAACUGAGCCAACGCGAUGGCUGGAACCUGGCUUGGAACACGAAUGUCACUGGCGCGCAUGUGACGACAGUCGAAUUCGUUCCACUGCUGCUCCAGUCGGCUUCUCCCGACUACUCUUCAUCACAAGUGUUUGCGGUGAUUAAUGCGUCCCCGGAAGCUGGGUGGCCUAAGCCGCAGACGCUGAACCCGACGGAGUCGUACCGCAGUUCGAAGGCUGGGCUGAAUAUGAUGAUGCGGCAAUGGUACCGAAUUCUGAAGAAUGAUGGCGUGAAGGUGUUUGCCGUCUCUCCCGGGUUUCUUGCUACAGGCCUGGCCGGUCUUGGCGAGGAGACUCUUAGAAAGAUGGGGGCUCGUGAUCCCGCGAUCGGAGGAAAUUUUGUCAAGGAUGUUGUUUUGGGGAAAAGGGAUGCCGACGAAGGCAAAGCCAUCUACAUUCAGGGCAUUCAGCCUUGGUAG